ACCUGAAUUGCACAAAGCAAAGCCGAACCACCAGAGAGAAAAUGCGCUGCUACGUUUUGAUUGCCAUCUUCGCCCUGGUUGCCCUGGCUGCUGCUCAAGGUGGACAUCCAGGUGGACAUCCAGGUGGACAUCCAGGUGGACAUCCAGGUGGACAUCAAGGUGGUCAACAAGGUGGCCAAGAAGGUCAGCAAGAAGGACUCCGAGGAGGCCCCUAGGGAGGACAACUGGGAGGUCAGCAGCAGGGAGGUCCUGGCGGUCCAGGAGGUCUGCCUCCGAAUGGAGCUGAGCUCUGCAACAGCACCACCACCUCGACCACUGAGGCUAGCACCUCUGAAUCCGGCUCCACUGAGGUUUCCCCUUCGUAACUUAUAGAUUAAACCCAAUGAAAGGCUUGCCCAGUUCCUUGUCCUUGCCUUUUUUAUUAAGAGCUUUUGCAAUAAAAUGAUAUCAGCUUUCUAUCUGUAAUGUGCUGUGGCUAAA